CUUGAAAGUCUUUUUGGAAUGUCCCUAAAUAAUUACAAGACAGUUUGUCCAUACAUGUUCUGUAUGUACACUCAAUGUUUCUGUAUUUUUCGUAAUAUCUUGUAGUGGUUAAUGGGUCAGAGUAAAGAUUUUCUGACAAACUUCCCUGCAACAUUUCAAUGCAAACCACACAAGCACUCUGAGGAAUGAGCAACAGGUUUGGUGGGAAAAAACAUUAACUAUGAUUGUGAUCUGGCCAUGUUUAUAAGUAUUAGCUGAUUAACUGUGCUCAUUUGGUCAAUUAAAAAAAUGCGGUUGUCAGUGCCAAAACCUGACAGUGUGAACGUACCAACACAUAUAAAUAUGCGACUCUCUAUCCCCGAGCACCAACAGGGAGAGUCCACCAUGUAGCCACGCCCACGUCUGAAUCUGAUAUCUGAUUGGUUUACCAGCAGCGAUGCUGCAUAAUGAUGUGAGGAGGCAGCAGCUUAUCGAACAGAUGGGCUGGUCCAGCACACGGGUACACAGCAUCCGUGCUGUGAUCAUGGAGCCUGCUGCUGUGUUUAUCAGUGACAUUUCACACCCCUGAUUGAUUAUGUCAGCAUUGCACUGACUUAUUAUUCAUACAGCUUGCAUAAAAAGGAGCGCAGUUGCAUUCUCUGUCCUUCUAUGUGGAUGUGAGGAGCCCGGCUUCAGUUGGGGAGGCACUGAUCCCUGAUCAGUUGAACUUGACGAGAAGGAUUUAGUUCAUACUGUGCAGCCGGAGACAUAGUGCUGAUCACUUCUGCAUUGCAUUGAAGGAAAUAUGAUUUUCUCAGACAUGAACACGGGGACGAACUCCCCGAAGGUCCACCCGCCCAACGGGACGAGAUUUUACACAUACCAGGAGUUUGCCGCCCUGACGAAAGAGUUGAAUGCCUGCAGGGAACAGCUGCUGGAGAAGGAGGAGGAGAUUUCAGAGCUGAAGGCCGAGAGGAACAACACCAGACUGCUGUUGGAGCAUUUGGAAUGUUUGGUUUCGAGGCACGAACGUUCCCUACGCAUGACGGUGGUGAAGCGACAGGCCCAGUCUCCUUCUGGGGUCUCCAGUGAGGUGGAGGUCCUCAAAGCUCUUAAGUCCCUCUUUGAGCACCACAAAGCACUGGAUGAGAAGGUACGAGAGAGAUUGCGGGUGUCACUAGAGAGGGUCUCUGCCUUGGAGGAGGAGUUGGCCGUAGCCAAUCAGGAGAUUGUGGCCUUAAGAGAGCAGAAUGCCCAUAUUCAAAGGAAGGUGGCGUCAGGAGAAGGGGCCGAGGACUUGUUGGAGGGAACUGAUACCCAGAAGGUUCAUGGCAAGCGGUUGUCUAACGGGUCGAUGGAGUCGGGGGAUGAGGCCAGUCAGGUGGUGGAGCUGCAGGAGCUGCUGGAGAAGCAGAACUACGAGCUGGCGCAGAUGAAGGAGCGCAUGUCCUCGCUGUCCUCCCGCGUGUCCGAGGUGGAGCAAGAGCUGGAGACAGCUCGCAAAGAUCUCAUCAAGAGCGAAGACAUAAACAACAAGUGCCAGAGAGAUAUUAAAGAGGCUAUGUGUCAGAAAGAAGACAUGGAGGAACGGAUCGUGACUCUUGAGAAGCGCUAUCUCAGUGCCCAGAGAGAGUCCACGUCACUACAUGACAUCACAGACAAGCUGGAAAACGAAUUGGCCAAUAAGGAGGCGUUCCUCAGACAGAUGGAGGAGAAGAACAGGCAGUUACAGGAGAGACUGGAGUUGGCGGAACAGAAGCUCCAGCAGACCAUGAGGAAAGCUGAGACUCUGCCUGAAGUUGAGGCUGAGCUAGCACAGAGGAUAGCAGCUCUCACCAAGUCUGAUAUGGAAGCUAAACUCCAGGACAUGAACUGCAGUCUUAGGAAGGCGGAGGAGAGACACGGCAGUAUCGAGGAGCGUAUGAGACAUUUAGAGGGACAGCUGGAGGAGAAGAACCAGGAACUGCUCAGGGCUCGACAGAGAGAGAAGAUGAACGAAGAACACAACAAGCGUCUGUCAGACACUGUUGACAGACUCUUGACAGAGUCGAAUGAACGUUUACAGCUUCACCUGAAAGAGAGAAUGGCCGCUCUUGAGGAUAAGAAUGUGUUAAUUCAAGACUCUGAGAACUACAGGAAGCAGUUAGAAGACUCAAUUCAAGAAAAGUCUCAUUUUAGGGAGGAGAUUGAGAAACUGAGAUCUGAACUGGAUCAGUACCGGUUGAGGGCCGGAUCCCUUACAGAGCCCACACUGUCACGGUCUCAUCUGGAUGCAUCUGGAGAUCUGCGUUUCUCUCUGGGUUCUCUUGCCGAGACGCAAUCGGACCAUUAUCGCUCCACCAAGGUGAUCCGAAGGCCCAGGAGAGGACGCAUGGGGCUACGUAGGGACGAACAGAAGGCGAAGUCUCAGAGCGAGCAUGAAUGGCGCUCUCAACAACUUGGCGUUCUCGCCGGCCACCCAUACGAGAGCGACACAGAGAUGUCGGAUAUUGAUGAUGACGACAGAGAGACCCUUUAUAGUUCGAUGGAUCUUUUGUCUCCUGGAGGACAUUCAGAUGCUCAGACUCUGGCAAUGAUGCUGCAAGAACAACUGGAUGCCAUCAAUAAAGAGAUCCGGCUCAUUCAAGAAGAGAAGGAGACAACAGAACUGAGGGCAGAGGAAAUCGAGAACCGCGUGGCCAGCGUGAGCCUGGAGGGGCUGAACCUGGCACGGGUGCACCAUCCUGGAGCCUCCAUCACUGCCUCGGCCACCGCUUCCUCCCUCGCUUCGUCCUCCCCUCCCAGCGGACACUCCACCCCCAAACUCACCCCGCGCAGCCCUGCCCGCGACAUGGAGCGCAUGGGGGUCAUGACACUGCCCAGUGACUUGCGGAAACACAGGAGAAAGAUCGCAGCGGUGGACGAGGACGGUCGAGAGGACAAGGCCACCAUCAAAUGCGAGACCUCGCCACCUCCCACGCCUCGCCAAGUCCGCAUGACCCACACGCUACCUGCUUCUUCGCACAAUGACGCACGCCUGACGGCUACAUUAGAGACAGAGGCCAGUGCUCUGAGUAGUGUAGCCAGCAGUCAGGACUCCCUCCACAAACAACCAAAGAAGAAGGGCAUCAAGUCCUCCAUUGGGCGACUGUUUGGGAAGAAAGAGAAGGCCAGACUGGGGCAGCUGGGGAAAGAGAUUAUGGGACCUGGACUAGGGAAUGUAUCCGAUCCUGAGCUUCUGGUUCAGGAUAUUGCAGUGGGAAAACUGGGAACACAGGCGGAGAAAGAUCGCAGGCUUAAAAAGAACGGACACGAGUUAUUGGAAGAAGCCAGAAGAAAAGGGUUACCUUUUGCUCAGUGGGAUGGUCCUACGGUUGUCUCAUGGUUGGAGCUGUGGCUAGGGAUGCCAGCGUGGUACGUCGCAGCUUGUCGUGCCAACGUAAAAAGCGGAGCUAUCAUGUCGGCCCUGUCGGACACCGAGAUCCAGAGAGAGAUCGGCAUCAGCAAUCCUCUGCACCGCCUCAAACUGCGCCUGGCCAUCCAGGAGAUGGUCUCGCUCACCAGCCCUUCAGCUCCCCCUACAUCUAGAACCCCGUCGGGUAAUGUGUGGGUAACCCACGAGGAAAUGGAGACACUUGCCGCCCCCUCCAAAACGAAGUCAGAGUCAGAGGAGGGGAGCUGGUCACAGACGCUGGCAUACGGGGACAUGAACCACGAGUGGAUUGGGAACCAAUGGCUGCCCAGUCUAGGUCUACCUCAGUACCGCAGCUACUUCAUGGAGUGUUUGGUGGAUGCACGCAUGUUGGACCACCUCACCAAGAAGGACCUCCGAGUGCAUUUAAAAAUGGUGGACAGCUUUCACAGAACCAGUCUGCAGUAUGGCAUCAUGGGCCUGAAGAAGCUCAACUAUGACAGGAAGGAGCUGGAGAGACGCAGAGAGAGCAGUCAGCAUGAGAUAAGAGACGUGCUGGUGUGGAGUAACGAGCGCGUGAUCCGCUGGGUCCAGAGCAUCGGUCUCCGCGACUACUCCAACAUCCUGCUAGAGAGCGGUGUGCACGGGGCGCUCAUAGCACUCGACGACAACUUUGAUUACAGCAGCCUGGCCCUGCUGCUGCAGAUCCCCAACCAAAACACUCAGGCUAGACAAAUUCUGGAGAGAGAGUACAACAAUCUGCUGGCGCUGGGAACAGAGAGACAAUUAGAUGAGUGCGACGAGAAUGACUUCCGAGGACCGUCGUGGAGGAGGCAGUUCCCUCGUCGGGACAUCCACGGGAUCAGCAUUAUGCCCGGCUCAGCAGAGACCCUGCCCGCUGGCUUUCGCCUCACUGCCACCUCCGCACACUCACGCAGACUGCCACCAGAGGUCCUGUAUGAGGUGAUGGACGGCAGUCCUGGUGACAUGUAUUUGGACUGGUUUCAAGUUGGACCAUCGGCGGUACAGCGCCUGGACAGCUCCACUGUGAGGACCUACUCUUGCUGAGAGAACAUGAAUAUUAUAAGCUAGUCAUACCUUCAAGUUGGCCUGAACAAACAAUUCUGAUGAGUCACACUGCCAAGAGAACGACAGAAGCCUGCGGAGGACAGGGCGAGGAGGCCUCCCCCGUCCCGCUGCUCUGCGCCAGCCGAGCCGAGGCCACGAACCAGGCGUCCACCGCAGAUGCAGACGCGCUCUCACUCUUUCUGUCUUUUACGCCACGCAGCUCCUUCGGCUUAAGUACUGUGUAUUUCUUCUACAGGGGAUGUUAGGUUCAACUGUAAAUAAAGCUGUUUUAUAUAUAAAUAUAUAAAUAUAUAUAUACACGUCUGUAUAAAAAAAAAACAACGUUCAGAGUUUGUGCACAUCGUGUCUUUUAACGUCAUGGUUUUAAACAAUGCUGCUGUUCUUAUUUUUUUUUUUACGCCUACACCCAAGUGACGUUAACAUGCUGUUUUGAGGCCUGUUGCAGUCUGCAGACUGGAAGCUCCUUGCCCAAAAGCUAUAUGUACCUGUCAGAGCACCACACCAGUUACUCUCUCGUACCUCUUUGGAGCCCGGGUGUACAUCUACUCCAGGUGCAGGUCUGACCUAAACCCAUAAGAAAUGCACUUACUCAACUAAUAGGUCAAACAUGUAGGAUUUGGGGACAUUUUUCCUUACUAAACAUCACAUAUGUGACCCUGGACCACAAAACCAGUCUUAAGUGUCAAUUUUGAGAAAUUCAGAUUUAUACAUCAUCUGAAUAAAUAAGCUUUCCAUUGAUGUAUGGUUUAUUAGGAUCGGACAAUAUUUG